AAUCGAUUGUUUUUUAUCAUCUCUAAUUACUUGCUCUGUGCUGGUGGGUAAUUUGUAGUUUCUCUGUGUACUUUUAUUUGUUUUAUUGUUUACCACCACUUAUAAUAAAGUUACGUCGGUUGAAAAUUUGUGUAGUAAUAUUCAAACCUUCAUGAGGAGUAAAGUAGAGUUGUCGCUUUGAACAUGGAAGACUUGACGCAGAAUGAGAAGAUAAUAUGGACGUGCUGGGAUGAAAAGUCACCUAGAGAUGUUGUACGAGAAGCUGCCGCAAAAGGCACGCAUAUCAACUUGGCGAUAAAAUAUCUAAUGGAAAAAAAUGUUUGGAAUGAAAGUAUAGCUAAAGAAUGGUUUAUCGCGGAGGUCAAAGCAUGGACUGUCCAGCUUCUGUUGAGAAAACAGAUAUUCAAAGUGCUUCAUAUUCUGAACAAAGUGCAGGUUAACCCUGAAGAACAUUUAAUGACAUUAGCUCAAGAUUCUGCCAGUAUUGAAUAUAGAGAUUUCAUAGUUGACAAUAUUGAAAAAUUAUCAAAAGAUAUAUUACCAGAAAAUGUUGACAAAUGGCAAAACUUUAGAAGACACUGGAAUUUACUUAGAUAUUUGGAGAAAUCUUUUGAAGUUGAUGGUACAUUUAAACAAAACAAGGUUUUUGGUAUUGGUACAGAUAGAAUAAUAGUAAAUGAGAGUGAAAUAAAAGCUUUAACAAUAAAUAAAAUUGAGAAAUAUCCUGCACAGUGGAAGAGUAGGGUUUCUACUGCUCUAUUUUUUGAUACCUUUGAGUUCUCACUGUUAGACUUCUCAUCUCCACUUGAAGUUUGGAAUUAUUUGGUAGAACAUAAUAAAGCUAUGGUUCUUGUUCGAUGGAUUAAUGUGCAGACAUCUGAAGUGGUGCGUGACAUGAAUGCUAGGUACAAUUUCUUUAAUAAUGAUAAUUUUUCAACAAAAAUGUUGAAUGUUGAUACUAAAGGAUUUAACAAUGAAGUACUAGAGAGAUUAGAUACAAUUUUUCGCAACUGGCAUAUUAAUAAUGACAUGAUAGAUAGUGUUUCUAAUAGUAAUUGUUUUCCAUAUACAAAAAUGUGCAUAUAUGAUACAUUAUGCUCUUAUGGAAUUGUGAAUAAAGAUGAAUGUAACAAUCUAUAUAAAAUAAUAGCGAGACUAGCCCGUACACAGAAUUUGCGGCUUAUAGAAGACAUAUUUUCAGAAUCUUGUUCUACUGUGACCAAACAACAAUUUUAUGUUGAACUUGCAAAAUAUUGUGUGAAAAACAAACUGUACAAAGUAUUGACAAUGUGUGUAGAAGGGAACAUAUUAGACACAGACCUGUCAGAUGUAGAACAAAAUGCUAAAGAUUGCAUUGAGCUAUGGUUAUUAUUCAAAAGUAUUGAACAGACUUCAGAUCGGCAGAGUCAUGUAUUGCCAGUUUAUAAAACCUGCCAACAGAUAGCUAAAACUGAUAUUGACAACUAUGUCUCUUCAAAUCCACUUUUAGUUCUUGGUAUGAUUUUACUAGAAGACAAUGCAAAAUUAUUCGAUUUAUUUUCUAAAGAAGAGUUUCUGCAAUUUAAAGAUUUUAAAUUGCCAAAUAUGAAGUAUAAACAUAAACUUCCUCAUUUGUAUAAUGUUUUUAAGAAAUUUAAUGAUGAGAGCCAACCAUUUGUAACAAAGGAUGUGAAUGUUUAUCAACUAUUAUCUGGUUAUAGGGGUUUAGAUGUGUCAAAAAUAUUUGAAUUCCAGUUGAUAAAUCAAAAUACUAAAAGUCUUACCUCUGACAAACCAGACAGACGAAGUCUGGGCAGCCUCUUACCGGAUGAUGUUGAUGUUGAUGCAACUAGUAUAAAAACAUUAUCACAAAGACCUAUAGACAUGCCAGAUUUUGCAAAUGAAAAACUCAUGAAGAGAUAUGGGUAUGUGGCUAAAUUAAAUCAUGCAUAUUAUUUAAAACAAUAUCGCCCUUGUAAUGCCAGUCAGGCUUUUGUCUCGCAACAGUAUUCCACAUACAAUCGACUUCAGGAUAAGAGCAUAAAAAGCGCUUGCUGUGAAGCGCACGCCUUAGCUUUACAGAACUGGUCUGACCGCGCUAUGGCUGCUUGCGCAAUAUCAUUUGUUGCCAUGAUUGGUUGUAAUCCGACACGGUGCAGGGUUCACAUGUCUGCUGCUCAAAUGAUAAAAGAACACUUAAUGUCAAACAAAGACAAUUCUGAAGAUAAGGCCAAUAGUAUUGUCAAUGAAUAUAUGUUCAAGCUGGUCCAGAGCAAUGACGAUGUCGCCCGCGAUAUGCUAAAACACCUUGAAGAAAUAACAAUGUACAAGUUAAAGAAACAGCAAAAUAUUGAUGGUAAAGUUGAUAUGGCUACAGUUUUAUAUGAAUCCCAAUCUAUGGUGAAGUUUGCUUUUUUACAUGGUUUGCCUCUUCCUGAAAUGUUAUUGAGGGAGUUUAUUAAAACUAAUUCUUGGUUCAAUUUCCUCUUAUUUGGUGAUGUAUUUCGCUAUCCACUGCACCAGAUGUUACAACUUUCACAAGAAUUUGAAAAAAAAUCCUAUGCAGAGCAUUUAAAGUAUAUAAUGCUUCACAAAAAUUUGGAUGAAGGAUCUGAGAAGGACAAUAAAUGUAAUUCAAACAAUGGGCAGAGAAGAAUUUCCAGAAUAUAUUCCACAGACAUGGGCCCAUCACAUGGGUUCGGUGGCGGCAUCGGGUGGACGGGGUGGUGGGAAUGUGCGGCGGGCGGCGAGCUGUGGGAAGCGGCGGCGGCGUGCCACGGGCCGGAGGAUCCGCCCGCUGCGUUACUGAAGGCUGCUCGUCGCCGCCACGAGCCGCUGCUGGCACUCAUCGCUGGCUGCUACGAGCCAAAUGCAGUGGAUGUAUUAUGGGUGCAAUGGGUGUUGUCGUCGAUAGGGUCGAGUGAACAUGACCUACCGUUCUCGGAUACAUCACAAGAGGUCCCUGCUGAGCAAUUUCAGCGUGUCGCCGAACUGUGCUUGCGCGAAGGCUAUGUAUCGACUUUACAUGAGUCUAUGCUUAUAUUCAUGCCAGAGAGUCCACUCACUCUACUAACGUCGUUCCUCCUUCGAUGUAUUCGCCAACGUAACUUCGACUCUGAUACUAUCCAAAUACUGAAAAAUUUUCUUCAGCACUGUCACCGUAAAUAUAGCAUUGACAAAUCUGGUCUUGCAUGGCAGCUCUCGAAAGAUGCAUUACAAAGAGUAGCCGUGUCUCUAGUCAAAAUAGCCCUUAGUCAAAGUUUUGAUAGUGCAUAUCACCAAAAAGAGUUUCUAAGGUGUUUGUCCAUGGCUCAGUUUGAUAAAGGAUUUACAGUGCCGACCCCGAAUUUUAGUGUUCUGUAUGAAAUACUCCAAAUUUCUAUGGAGACGGCGUCAGUUGUGGACAUAUCUAAAAUGAUGCAAGUCGACGCCGAACAAUAUCUACUGGAGUGUGUCCAGAUGUAUACUAAUGAUCGCAGCUACGAAGUCGCUCUUAAGAUAGCCAAGCUAGGUAACUUGCCUGUCAACAACAUAUUGAAAGCCGAAUGGACGAACAAAUACGAAAUGUUGCUCACAAAUGAUGAUUCGUCUUUGGAUGAUAAGAAAUACACGCUCUAUAUAGCGCAGUGCAGUGAAGCUUUUAAAAAAGCAUCAGUUUCUUUCAUCGAUUCCACAGAUUACUUGAUCAAUUACGCAGAAUCGAUAAGAGACAAUGUGCAGAAAUUCUAUUCGUACAGAAUCAUCAUGAGCUGGUUCCAAGAGAAUUUUGAAUAUGGACGUAGAAGGGAGGAAAUUGAGCAUCGAAUGUGGGAUGCUUAUUUUCAAAGUGAGUCACACAGUGAGAUUUUUCUGAACAGCUACGAAAGCACUAUGCAUUAUAUAUUGAAUGGCCAGAAAGACGCGACGAUUUCGAGAAAAAUCGGUCAAAUUAAUGUGGACAAACCUUUUUCUUCUACGUUGAGUGAGAUAGAGAUUGCAUCCGAUGUGGGCAGUAUAGAGAAUGUUGUUUUGCUUGAAGAUUCUGACGCCAUUGAUAGUUGGAGAAGAGUUACGAACCAACUUCUCGAGUUGAGAUUAUUGGUGGAUGCAUUCCGUUUGUCCGCUUUAUUUAAGACUCUGCCUGAAUAUACAUACAGACCGCCCACCUGCCCCGUACAGAUUAUACGCACUUGCUUGAAGUUAGCCGAAGGAUUGUGUACGCCUUACGAAUUGCCACAGGAGUUAAGAUUAAUGAUAUCAUCGUCGUUGCUGCAAAAUAAGUUAACAGUAUCUGGCACGUCGGAGACCAGCUUUGAAGAAUUGGUGAUAAUCCAAGAGAAGCCAGACAGUGCCCCGGAGAGCUCACACUUGGCGGCUCGCGAGGAGGCUGAUCGGCUAGCAGCGCUGGAUGCGUUAGCUCUUCGUUCCUCACUUGCACUUGCCAAGCAGAUAGCCAGUUAUUUCCGCAUAGCCCUCCAGAUAGGGUGGGACUACAAAUCUGUGCUGAAGUAUCAGAACCGUUCCCUGGAUUUCAUCAACUUAGUGAGCGGCAGAGCUCGUAUGUCACUAGCCAAUCUUGUAUUCAAGACAUUCAAUUUACCAACAAAGCAGAUUUCAGAGUACCUUUGUAACGAGUUAGUAGCAGCUAUUAUAUCUCCCCAUCUUGUGAAAACUUCUACGUUCCGACAAAAAGAGCAUUUUCAAUACACACUCUGGGGCUACAAUCUCAAUUCGGAUCUAGAGAUGUUUCUGAACCUACGCCCGGACGCUUGCAGUCACAUUGGGCGUCUCAUUCUCGACCACCUGGUGGCCUUCCAGAGGAUAUACAAAGCGACAAAUCCUACAUCCCUCCCAGAGAAUGCUGUGGACGACAGCUGUUUGGACGUAGAAACAUUGAUUGACGAGGAAUAUCAGAACGUAGAAAGUGACGAAGUACAAUCUGUGCUAACUGAGGAAGGGACACUGAUGUCUGAAACGGAUUCGGUUUUAUCUGUUUCUACGGUUUAUGCAGCUGGUAUACGCAUGUCGAGAGAAACCAGAAGAAACCUCUUCGAUGCCAUGUCGCGGAAUAAUGUUCAUAUACGUUACGAAGUGAAAUCUAACAUAAGGAAAGUGACAAAGGGUGCUAAACUUUCAUCGAAACAGGUGAAUAUAAUCAGCAUCGAGCUGCUGGUGGUGGCGCACGAGUGCUUCUCGUGCGCGUGCGACACGGAGGGCGUGGCGGUGGCGCUGCGCUCGGCGCAGGCGCUGGCGGGCCGCCUGCUGCUCGCGCGCUCCUGGCGGCUCAUGGUGCGCCUGCUCACCGGGCUCGCGCGCUACCACGAGUGUGCCUACAUCUUCCAGGCACUACGAGAUCAUCAUCAAUUUGAGUUUCUGCUCGGUCAGUUCGACUACAUGCUCGGUCAGCAAGCUGAUAAGAUUGCUGAAUUCAAGCAAGGUUUACUCGACUUUUUGAAGACCCACUGCCCGGGAGACAUUGAUUCGUACAUAAUGGUGGCAUUGCACUUCAAUAUGUACGCUGAAGCGGCUAACGUGAAGAGGAAACAGGCGUUAGAUUUGAUCAAUGACUUGGAGAAAAUAGCAUUAGAUGACGUUAGAGCGACAUCUAAAAAGCCCUUUAAGGCUCCUGCAUGGUUACAAAUCUAUGACAAUUUCUCAACGAGAUUGAUACUUGAGACUGCUUUGAAUCACUGCACGGACGCAUCUGAGUUGUACCUACAGGGUGGAUGUAUGGGUUUCGCUGGCGAUAUGGCGACACUAGCGCAACAAAUUGCUUUACAGCUGUCUCUGCUGAACGCUUCGCCAACCAGACUAAUACUGAAUAAGAAUACGGAACAAGUAUAUAAACUUGUCAGCGAGUAUUUGACGUUCAUGGAGGGGCUGGUGAUGAUAUCGGGACGAAGCGGAGAGGUGUGGCGUGAACUGGCUUACCGGCGCGCACUCACCAACGACCAGGCGUAUCUCCGCGACAUGGCCGUCUACCGACCCGACGUCGCGGUGCAAUUCUUGAAUAGGUACAAAACAGAGAAGAACAAAACUACCGUAUCUGAGGCCGCCAUGACAGAGCUCCGCAAUCUUUGUAGAUGAUAUCAACUAAAACGUUAAGAUCUCUUUCCGUCUACUCAUAUAAAAAUGCUCAUAAUAAUUCUCUAAAAUUCCAAAGCUUAUAAAUAUUAAGAAAUUUUGUAUUAUGCCAAAAAUGUAAUAUUAUUGUUAUGUGAAAAAACUUUUUGAUUUUAAAAUUAUACUAUACAAUGUUUUUAAAAUUUUAAGCUAAUUAUUUUAUUAUUGUUUCGCUGUGAUAUUUAUAUUGAAAUGACUGAAUAAUGUGUAAACUGUA